AUGGGGAGAAGGAGACGGAAACUAUCGCCUAUAUUUGGUGAACGUCUAGAGAGUAGAGAAGAGGUCCGACGUCUUUCUCAGUCCUAUGACAGCCUGCAAGGGAUUGUGAGCAGCCUAGGGGAUUCUCUUCGCUUAGCUAUCCAGGAAGAUACAAACAAGAUGAUUGGUUCUCUAGUCAGUGGGCCAAGUUCCUCCUCACAGUCCUCAGUGGAAUUCGGAACAAUACCAGAUGCAGCAGCUGAGGCCCCACAUGUCCCUGGGGAUCUGUCUGGAAGGGUGGCUGAAGUGAGUGAGAUUCUCCGUUCCAAGACAGAGCUUCUGGAGGAAGUAAAUGGGAUGGUGAUGGGACAUGAGGCACAACUCCAACACCUUUUGGAAGCAACCAGGCCAUCUCCACUCACCUCCACUGAACUGCUGGACCAAUAUCUUGAGGGUAAGCUGGCAGGCCGGGCCCAGCUGCUGGAUGGGCUUGAAGCAAGGUUGCAGAAUAUUCAAGGAAAUUGUGACACUAAAGUUCGGGCUGUUCAGAAGGAAUGUCAGGAUGGAGAAAAUGCAGCAAGGCAUAGGCUGUUACAGGAAAUGGAUGGAAGAGAGCUAGAAAUGCGAAAGGAAAUGUCUCAAAUAGGUGCUACAGUGCAGGGGCUUAAUGCACCUGAGGGCUGCUGUGGACGUCUGGAGGAACUGACUAGGAGAGUAGAGGAACUUGAGCGUGGAAUGCGUCAGCUAAGUGAGGAACACCGCAGCUUGAGUCAGAGACUGGAUGUGGAAGUCAUGCACCUUACUCUGGAGCCACAAGUCUCAGCAAGGCUAGAUGAGGUGGAGGGUCGUUUGAAUCUCACUGAGGAGGGAACUAGGAGGUGCUGCCAAGAAGGAAUGGAAAGGGGACAGCUGAUGGCCGAGCUAGAUGGCGUUAGAGCAUCUAUAGAUGACAAGGUCCGAGUCCUGGAGGAGAGGUUGUUAACUGCUGUAGGAGAGUUGAAUGCCACUGCAGCACUUUCUUUAGAUGGGGCCACUAUGCCACUAUUAGAAGAGCAGAUGUCAACAUUACAAAAAGAGGGCAUAGAGGGUAUGACAGAUGUGCAGAGCCGACUUGCUGCUAUAGAGGAGCUGUGUGCAGCUGGAUGCUCAGUACCUGGAGAUUCAUUACUGGAAAUCCACAAUGAAGUGUCACAGUGCAAAGAGCAAAACCAAGAUCUUCACAGUCAACUGGGCCACCUCAACAACACAGUAUUGAACAUUCAAAGGCAACUGGAGAGACAGAAAGAGGAGACCUUGCAAGGAGAAAUCACUCUGUUGCAAGUCAACCUGCGGAGUGUGGGACGGUCUUUGCAUGGCCUGGAAGAGACAGUGACCAGGGAUGCUGAUGCUGUUACCCAGGUGAACUCUACAGUUGAGGAACGAGGGAGCCGACUGAAUGAGGAACUGCACUCUGUCCAGGACAAGGUGGUUGGACACGGUUCCCAAAUCCGCUCUAGUCGGACACAGUUACUUGGGUUACGUGGUAUGGAGAGGAUGAAAGCACGUUUGGCAGGACAAUUAGGUAGCUGCCAGCAACUGUCUCGAGAAUUACAUGGGGAGGUGGCUCAAUUUGAGCGUAGGGUGUCGGAGGUGGAAAAUGCAUGUGGGAGUCCAGAGAAGGACAUUUUGAGCUAUCUUGACAAUGUCAACAGCACAUUAGCUUCUCAUGAGCGUGGUCUGGCUGCCUUAGGCUUGAACUAA